ACAUAACAUUUGACAUAACCAAAUCCAACGAAUGUGUGAUAAAAGUUAUUGAAUCGGACGAUAAUUUACUUGGAACGGAAAAUUAGAAUAGGUUUUUGGUCAAAAAAAUUGGUUGCAUAAGUCGCGAGCCCAACAAAAUGUUGUCCAGAUGCUGGUGCAUUUCGCGUGGGUCGGCACCCAGUCGAUUUGCCAAUUAUGUGAAUUUAAAUGGUUUGCGCUUCAGGAAUCAUCAUGCCAUGGCCAGCAGCAUGUCAGUCAGGACCACUCGUCGAGAGAAUAUCGGAGUCCGAACACACAAUUCAUCAUUGGAUAAAAUAAUCUUGCAGCGAAUAUCAGCACCAUGUUUUGGAUCACAACGGAAUUUUAGUCUAACAUCCAGCGUAUUAGCAAGUGCUGUAGAAAAUUUAGAGAGUAAGGCAUCGCUAAAAAUACCUGAAGUUCCAGCAACACCGGUCGAAGAAACAGUAGUACAAGCGUUAGCUGCUAAUGGUGAACCAACAUUCGCUUCGCUUGGCUUGGGCGGUUAUUCACCCAUUGGUCUGCUGCAAAAUGUAUUGGAAUUUAUGCAUGUCUCAUGUGAUUUACCGUGGUAUGUCACGAUUGCAUUGAGUACGGUUUUAAUUCGUAUUAUUCUGACACCAUUGGUCGUCAUAUCACAACGAAAUGCAGCCGUUAUGCGAAAUGUCAUGCCGGAAAUGCAAGAAAUUCAAAACAAGAUAACCGAAGCCCGUCAAAUGGGAAACGCUGUGGAAUAUGCCCAAUACAAUCAGGAAUUGAUGAAAAUGAUGAAGGAAAAAGGAUUCAAUCCAAUGAAAAAUAUGCUUAUACCAUUUGCCCAGAUGCCAAUUUUUCUGUCAUAUUUCCUUGGUAUUAGACGAAUGGUAAAUGCGCCCGUUGAAUCGCUACAUACCGGUGGCGCUCUGUGGUUCACAGAUUUAACUUUGGCUGAUCCCUACUAUCUAUUGCCAUUGCUCACAUGCGGUACGCUGGCACUAACCAUUCAUUUGGGAACGGAAAGUGCCCGUAUACCCGGUCAAGAAAGUCCAUUGUACACAUUCAUCUUGAGAGGCAUACCAAUCGUUAUUUUCCCAUUCAUUAUGAACUUUCCAUCUGCAAUGGUCGUCUACUGGGCAUCCAGUAACUUUUGCUCCUUGAUACAAGGAUCAAUUUUCAAAAUUCCAAGAGUGCGAACCUUUUUCAAUAUCCCACAACUCGUUAAGCACGAUUUGCCAGCUAAACCAAAAAAGAAGCAGGGUGUCAUUAAAAAUGUUAAAGGAGCUUGGUCCAACUUGAAAAUGUCACGAGAAAUUGAAGAUCGCAGACGAUUAGAUCAAAUAAAUUUUGAAAGGGCUGGCACUGGCCCAUUAGUUCGAACCUACAAAUUCGAUCCGACAAAAACAAAAAAAGCCGAAAAUUAAUUUGUUUGAUUAAUGUAGAAUUGAUUUUGAAAAAAAAAAACCACGAAUAAAUCAUAUUUGUUCCACAACA